CAGUGGUAUCGUGCCCUGAAGUGACACCGCGCGCGCAAGGGGAGAAUGGGAGGAGACGGCGGCGUAGGCUGGACGGUGUUCGGUUUCACCAGCUCACACGUGACCGCAAUGGCUGCUUGUCUGCUCUGUGCAGUGCAUCAUUCCUCCGCCGCCCAGCGAAUGUAGGCUACAUCAGUUUUCUCGCUUCGUUGAACUGUCAGUGCGGACAUUUACCUCCCGCCGAGGCGAAACUCCUCUCCGCGUUCCGCCGAACAGCUCACCGGCGGAGAACAACCACAUUCGGGAGAGAAAUUAAAGCGUCUCGGGCUUCAACUUCCACCAACCAACACAGCGGUAGGAGGAGUCAACAGGUGUUUCUCUCUGGUGUGGCUAUCUGAAGAGAUUUAAGACGGAGAAAUCCAGCAGCAGGUCGCCGUGUUGGACUGACUCGCUUUGACAAGUUUGACCCGAGAGCAGUUUUGUCACCUCUGGAGCACUGCUUCUCAUUUCCUCUUGCGUCACAUCACCCUAGUCCAUCCUCCUGAGAUCAGGCCCUUGUGAAGAGUAUCUGGAAUAUACUGCCUCAACACACUUUUAUUCUAAGAGAACUUUGGGAUUGUAUCCAGAGAGUUACAUAACACCAAAACAAAGAGCGCUACACCUGUGGGCCGUACACUGUGAUUGUAUGGCGUCAUAACUCCUCACACGCACCCUGGAUCACCAAUCAUUAACCUGUUUCUGUCUCAAACCACAGUAGUAAGCGCCCGCACGGACAAUCACAGACAAAGCUCUCCUAGUUGGAUUACCAAAAGUAGCUCAUGAUGGGAAAGUAGACAUCCGGCAUCACGGAUAGCCUGCACAGAGGUCUGGGACUCAGUGCUGUAUCUGAGCGUGCCAUGUCUGGAAACGGCAACCCCUGCCCCAGCCCUGGAGGUCUGGGCAACCAUUUAGGGGGCUUCCCGAUGUCGCACUACCCUUACUUCUUUCCUCAUAUGCUAGGAGGGCUCUCCCCUCCGGCGCUUCCAGGACUUCCUGUCAGUGGAUACAGCACUCCGUCUCCUGCAACUGUGGAGACCCAGAGCACAAGCUCAGAGGAAAUCGUACCCAGCCCACCUUCUCCACCGCCUCCACCACGGGUCUACAAGCCCUGUUUCGUCUGCCAGGACAAGUCCUCGGGCUACCAUUAUGGAGUUAGUGCAUGUGAAGGGUGCAAGGGCUUUUUCCGAAGGAGCAUCCAGAAGAACAUGGUGUACACCUGCCACAGAGAGAAGAGCUGUAUCAUCAACAAGGUCACCCGAAACCGCUGCCAGUACUGCCGGCUGCAGAGGUGCCUGGAAGUGGGCAUGUCUAAAGAAUCUGUUCGGAACGACCGGAACAAGAGGAAGAAGGAAGAGAAGAAGCAGGAGUGUUCGGAGAGUUACAUCUUAAGUCCUGAUACAGAGCAGAUGAUCGAGCGGGUUAGGAAGGCCCAUCAGGAGACCUUCCCCUCCCUGUGCCAGCUGGGCAAAUACACCACGAACAACAGUUCAGACCACAGGGUUGCUCUGGACGUUGACCUAUGGGACAAGUUCAGUGAACUCUCCACCAAAUGCAUUAUUAAAACAGUGGAGUUCGCCAAGCAGCUGCCCGGCUUCACCACACUCACCAUCGCAGAUCAGAUCACCCUGUUAAAGGCCGCCUGUCUCGACAUUCUGAUUCUGCGAAUAUGUACACGCUACACACCGGAUCAGGACACCAUGACGUUUUCAGACGGUCUGACACUGAACCGCACGCAGAUGCACAACGCUGGCUUCGGUCCACUGACGGAUCUGGUUUUCGCUUUCGCUAACCAGCUGCUGCCUCUGGAGAUGGAUGAUGCAGAGACGGGGCUUCUCAGCGCCAUCUGUCUGCUGUGUGGAGAUCGGCAGGAUCUGGAGCAGUCGGAUAAGGUGGAUGUGCUUCAGGAGCCUUUGCUGGAGGCCCUAAAGAUCUACGUGAGAAAGAGGAGGCCUCAUAAACCACACAUGUUCCCCAAAAUGCUGAUGAAGAUCACAGACCUGAGGAGCAUCAGUGCUAAAGGAGCCGAGCGAGUAAUAACGCUGAAAAUGGAGAUUCCCGGCUCCAUGCCUCCACUCAUUCAGGAGAUGCUGGAGAAUUCGGAGGGUCUGGAGGGUGGCGGUGGGGCGAGAGGAGGAGGAGGAGGGGGAGGAGCUCCACCAGGAAGCUGCAGCCCCAGUUUGUCUCCCAGCUCGGCACACAGCAGCCCCUCAGCUCACUCCCCCUGAGUCACACCUCCAGACAGGGCUCCGUACGGAACGAAACUGGUUCCAAACCAGAAAUAAGCCACAGCCGACCAGCGCCAGAAACCAGAAUUCCGGUAGACUUUGAUCCGGGCUGACCGGCCCCGAACAGUUAAUCUGGCCGGCUUUCAUUAGCUGAAGACCAAUUGAGUCACACACAGGCCGAGCCUGCCCAAAACUCACACUGUCAUUAAAACCACCAGAGAUUCAGUGACUACCAGAGCCCUGCAGCUUUUCAUGUGGCAGGCAGUGGUCUAUGAAGACGGCAGAACAAACGUCCUGUGUGUGCGCAGAAGCGGCUCCUUACUGUGUCUUCCCAGCUCUGCUCCCAUCUCACAAACUGUGAAGGCCCAGAUAAGCGCUCCUCCUCGUCUGAGGGACGCUUUCUCUUGAGCCUGUGACUUUAUUUUAUAAAUUUCAAUCCCUUAAAAGCAAGCUAAAGGACAUUAGGACGUCAAAUGUCCACAAGUCAGGGACAUUUUGAACUUUCCAGCUGUUUUGGUUCUGUUUCUUUGUUUUCUUACAAAAAGAUAUAUGAAUAUAUGAAAUCUAUAUUGACAGAAAAAUGAGAUUUGAAUUUUGUGUCUUAGGUGGAAUGCAGAACAGUUCUUAUCUUUUCUCUCUCACUUUUCUCUCAAGAGUUAAACACAGUUAUGGUCGACCCACUGUUAUGCUCACUCCAAGACAGUCCUGUUCACGUCAUGCACAAGGGCACGUCACACUAGCACUGAAAAUCAUGCAAUGGGGUUAAAUUUGGAGAUGUAUUCACAAUGAUCAACUUGGCAGUUGUGGCAAAGAAAUGAAGGAUCUCAUGUAAACAAGCAGCUUGCGCUUACGAUGUGUAUGAGAUCUCAGAGUGGUAAAUGCCUUUUGUGUAGCUUUUUUAAUAUUGUUUCUUAAUUUACUCUUAAUUUUUUUUUUCAUUGUCAACUGUCGAAAGACAGAGACCCCCUCUACACAGUAUUAGCAGAUGAUAAAAUAAAAAAGAUUUCCAAACAUAAUUACUCUCAAAGAAUACAAGAUGUAUUUUUAGCGAAAUGCCCACAAGAAAAACACGUAAUUUCAGAAGUAUUGAGAAUGUUGUAACUGAGCAUUUAAAACAGAACGUCAUGCCUUUUUUUGGCCUGCACCUCAGUUUGUGGUAGAUUUGUUUGUAAUCAUCUGUCACGUUGUAGCUGUCACGUGUGUGUGCUGAGAUGCUUCCACCGCCGCGUCCUUCUCCUCUUUUCCUUACAACAUCACUGCCUCUGCUCUCCUGCAACAAUCAUUGAACAAUUGUCAACAACAACACUGCCUCUGUGUGACAAUCACUUUAAGUAAAGCUCACAAACAACUCUGCCUCUGUAACACACACUGAUCCGCGCCAGACAUCUGGGUUUGUAAAAACGCUAGCCUAGUUUUUUAGGUCUACAAGCAUCAAACAAGUACUAAUUUCACAAUUAUGGUUGCUUAGAAAUGCUUUAUUAAGGUAAGACCUUGUACCGACGUUUCUGAUAAUGUAGCAUUCUUUUGUUUUAAACGAAAUUAGUCUUAUCUGAACUACCAGAGACAUUUUGUCAUUAUUUACUCCUCAUUUUAUUCCAAACCAUAUGAACUUUCUAUUGUGUGUGUAUGUGUGUUCUGCAAAAGAAAGUCAGGUUUGGAACAAUAUGAUGGAUUUUCAUUUUUGGGAGAACUGUCCCUUUAAGUCAAACAUCAGAUCAAUAAAAUGAAUACGUUUAGGAGGCUCCAUACAAUCCAGCUCUGGUGGAUCAGUGUCAGCAUAUCAUUAUUGUACCAGUUUACAACAGCUCUGCCUCUGCAUCACGUCUGCUGAACCUGUCGUCACGAACCUUUGAACAGUGCAGUGGGCCGAAAUGACUUCCUCUUUAACAUGUUCCUCUGAGGGUGGAGUGUGAACCGUUUCACUGCAACUAUGCACACGACAUGCACAGAGCUCGAGUCUAUUCACUUCUAUCUACCUGUUGUGAAAAUCACAAGCCUCUUCCAGUCGCUCAGUACUGUCCGUUUCAUUUGAUUCUGCAUUCAAAGGUUCACCGCUUUUGAGCCAUACUGCGUCACACCUCGACGGGCCUCUUCUCUCACUCAAAGGAUGACAAGCAGAGAUUACACGACGUACAGCACAAACCCUGUACUGCUUUAACAGUUGUUAUACAGUCAAACGCACAAAAAUGUUUCUGUUGUGUCAGGUCCCUGGAUGAUAAGAGUAAUGUUUAAUAAAGACUUCUGUUUUGUGUGUUUCUGAC